AUGAGAAGAAUAAAAAAUGAAUUGUUCCUCGGGAACAGUUACACACUUUGUGAUUUGAAGCAAAGGGGUUGUUUGGGCUCCCUGUGGGGAGGAAGCUUACAUAGGAGAGGAGGGACCCAUUUUUUGAAGUCCUGGAGGGCAGGAAAACACAACUUCGCAGAAAAAACAAGCCCCAUCUAUGAACGAAGAGAGAGGGGACUUGGAUCACCACUUUUUAAUGGCAUAUCUGGUGGUAAUUUUGCAAAUGGAAAAGGAGCAUCAUUUGGAGAUAUUGUACAAAAGGGGAAAAUUGGUGAACUUCUUAAACAUGCCUUGAAUGAGGUGAAGGCCUACGGGGGGAAAGGAACAAAACUCAGUGACAACGCACUGCGUGUAGUAGAGCGCAUUUUUAAGAACAACCUACUACUCCACAAUUUGAACUUUAUCCAUUUUAAUAUGCUUCUGACGGUUAUUAGCAAGGGUGAAAUAAGGAUGAAUAAGGAAAUGCAGAAUGGGAUUCUGCAUUUACUGCACAGCCAUAUUUCUUCGCAUUCAAGGGACAUUGAUAAUACGGGUUCCGCCUGGAUUAACAUAAUUCACUUACUUUCCAGCAUCUGCCGAAAUGAUAAAACAAUGUUCCGUUUAAUUAGAAAAAAAUAUCAGAAUGGAACAAAUGAAGAUAAAGAAAAAGAUGCAAAUCUCCCGUUCGUGGAAAAAUUUGUACGUAGAAUAUGCGAAUCGGGCCAUUUCAAUUAUUCGAUAAGAGAAAUUUCUUUACUCCUACACAGCUGUUACCACUUAAACAUGAGAAGUUAUCAACUUUUUGAUGCAAUAUUUGAUAGGCUACAAGAAGAGGAGCAUCAUUUUAACUGUCUAGAUGUUCAUAUUUUUGUGUAUGCGGUUUACAAAUUACAACUGCAAAGGUAUGCUCCCUUUCUGGAAAAGUUAAAAAAAAAUAUUUUGGAAAACAUAUGCAAUUUUUCAAGCGGGCAGAUGGUAAAUAUUUUGUUAGCGUAUACGCACUUUUACAUAAAGGAGAAGAAUGAGAAACUUCCUUUGAAGACAGAUCCUUUCAUGAGUACCAUUUAUAACACAUGUUGGGAUAUGGUAAGUAAUCUGUCCAAUAGAGAAUUUUGCAACUUCCUUAAUUUUAUUGUACAAAAUGAAGUUAGCUUAACUGAUGAACAACGGUCUGAGUUGUUUGGCAUAAUUUUUAAUCUGCUAAAAAAUCAACAGAACAACAGAUUAAAGCUUAACCAGAUGAUAGAUUUGGACGUUUUCACGAUUGUAAAUUUUGUUUACAAAUAUGGGAGCUACGGAACCACAUCAUACAUGACAGAUAUGCCUUUCCACCAUUUGGAUAAUUUGACUAGCCAAUUAAUUGAGAAGAACAAAUUUGCACCAAAUCUUCUUGUAUAUCUGCUGCACUUUUACAAACAGAGAAUGGCUAGCUACACACAGCUACAUUUUUUCCAACACAUUUCUGUGAACUCCCUAGAUUUCAAAAUGAAAGUUAUCCUACUGACUACAAUGGAGAGGUACCUAACGGUGGGGAGGACAGAACUUCAAAGGGGAGUAUCACAAUGCACAUUUUGCAUUAAAAAAUAUUAUCACGAUUUGGUGAAAAGCGUUUAUGAUGAUCUCCGCAAGGGGGAACGUAAACCCACUAAAGAAAACACAGUGGACACUUCCCCGAAAUCAUACAACAAUACCAAUAUGGUCGUAAUCUCCAAUACAGACAUUAAGGAAAUAUUAAAAUUUAUUAAAAGUAAAACUCAAAAUGGAGAUUAUGAUGAUCUGCCUUAUAGGGAGGAAUCUUCUGAUAAUUCCCUCGAAAAGGAGACCAUAAAAUUGGAACAAAUGCUUCUCAAUAGUGUCAGUGAAUACGUGACGGAAAAUAAGAUAGUGGAAUUAUUCCCUCUCAUCCUAAUGAAUAGGCAUGUGCACACGGAUAUUUCCAGCAAAGCGGAGAGAAUUAUAAACGAACAUUUUGAAAAACUGAAUGAGUAUUUAUUAGGCUAUAAAGAAAGAGCAAAUAUUAUGAACAAGUAUGAAAAAAGUAAGAAUAUUUUCCAUUUCUUCGAAGCGCUAAACCUGUGUAAUGAAUGCAUUUUCACUAACAAGGGCGGUGGGGAUAUCAAGCAGUUUAUGAUCAAGAAGAAAAUCCUACUGCGCUGUAUAGAUCUUACCCCUAUGAGCGAAGAAAAUAAAAAAAAUUAUUUUUCGUUACAUGUACACAUGCUCCUAUUCGAUAUAAACAACAAUUUAGACUUUUUUAUCAACCACCAGCUAGCCCAAAUUUCCAAUUAUGUAAGGACCCCAAAUUUGAAUUAUGAAAACAUUCUUGUAAACUUUGUCGAUAUAUUUUCUUCCAUAAUUAAAGUGCACCCCAGUUAUUACGACACUUAUAUGAGCCAAAUUUAUAUGUACAUAUUUCCUGAACUGUUUUAUCACCAUGAAAAGUUAAACUAUAAACACUUGUCUCUUUUAUUUUAUGCCAAUUUAGUUCACAUACUUUUACAUUUGUAUAAACGAAAUGUAUUCAAGUACCACAUCAUUUUAUCUAUCCGAUUGAUGACAAAAUUGUUUAACCAUAUUAUAAACUCGAUGGAUGAAGGAACGUACAAGUUAGCAGAGGCACAUUGUACAGAACUGGCUGAAUGCCACACCAGGGAUAAAGACAGAAAAGGGACCCCAUCCUUACUUCUACCUUUGAACGACUUAAUUUACAUCUAUAGAGUGCUCACAAUUUUUCACUUUGCGGAUUUGUACGGGCACAUGAAUAUGCAGGAGUUGAAAUGUUUUUACGCGUUUUACGAAGUUUUGAAUUUUUUCAUUUUCAAAGUGCACAACUUUUGCGUGACAGAUUUUACGCAGACGAAUAAAGGCGCCUCAAACGUUCAUGCAACCGUAGUGAACUCCCUGAAUAGCCUUUUCAAGACCAAAAAAUACGUAAAUAUUAUAUGCGAACAAGUUGUGUUUCCGUUAUUUAUAAUAGACAUUUUAAUUGACAAAAAUUGA